AAAUUGUUAGCCAAGUUCUAUUCAUAUAACCUUAUUCUUGCCGAGCAUUGCCCUUGUAUGAAAUCGAGGGUCGAUGGCAAAGCGGUUGCUGAAUCCCCAAGCGAGAUGGGGGCGGAGAGAUAUACAGUGAUGGUAGCGAUUGAACUGUAGCAAGUAUUUGAAAUUCUAGAGGAAUGUUGACUUGUUCUCGCUCAGCCUAUAUAUACGUGAUUGUGAUUCUUGAGGCUCUUAUGGGCUUCUGAAGGAUCGAGGGAUCCUUACUUGUCUUCGUCCCUCGUUGACCCCCUUGCCACCCAUUUUGAUCAGCCACGCCCGCGAAUCGCAGCUUCUUGAAAGAAAAAUCCCGACUUUACCCAAAUCGCACCCUAAUCGACGGGAUUAGCUCCUACCCAUUUGGGCAGUGUCCAUGGAAUUGUAAAUCCCACGUCGGACGCAAGACGUUCGGAUUCGCAGGUUCGGUUAAUUUGUUUCUUGUUUCUUUCUUUGUUGGGUUCUUCCUGUCGCGGAGCAUCGGUGCGUUCGAGAUUUCGUUUCUUGGAUCUGUCAAAUGAUAAAUGGGGUGGGGGGUCGCGAGGAAUCCUCCGUAGUCGCCCCUCCCGAUCCGUUGGAUGCCCGGAACUCGAAGGCGGAUGGCGACGGUGACGGGGAUUCGCCGCCGUCCCAGUACUCGUCCUGCGGCGAAUCUGAGUUUGAGCGCUAUUGCAGCGCGAACUCGGUCAUGGGGACGCCCAGCUUGUGUAGCUCGGUGAAUUACACGGAUUGUUUGGAGUCUGAGUUCGGGUCUUUCAGAAGCUCGGGGUUUGGGGAUGAUGGUGGUUUGGAGGGUUUUAGCUUGGGAGAGAAGCUUGAGAGGAAUUUUGGGGAGAGGAGACCUGAGUCUAGUGUUCUCGGGUUUUAUAAAGAGGAAGUCUUUAAAAAUGAGGUGAAGUUAAGCGACGGAGCAACUGGGGUGGAUUCACGUGAUAGCGAGGCGUUUGAGAGUACUACACCUCAUGGAUUGAGGUCGACUACAGUUUCCGACAAUUCAGGUGAAGGCGGUUCUGAGGGUGGUCGUGUUGGAAAUGCUUCUGAUCAUGGUUUUACUAGUAGGUUGAGUUCUGGACAUGAUUUGCAUAUGGUUGGGGGAGAGUGGGGGAGGGAGGACGAAGAAGGAUCAAGCUUGUGUUGCCGCUCAGAAGACGAGGAUUCGAUGUAUAACUGCGGUUCAGAUGAUGAGUGCAGGAAGGAUCUUUCUUACUUAAGGAAUGCACGGCAUAUUCAGAAUCGGGAAACAAAGGACGGGGAUGUGAAUCCACUGGUUAUGAACUCCUCUGUUGCCUUUGGUGCAGAUGACUGGGAUGAUUUUGUUGAAGAAGCAGGCGAGACUUCAGUUGGUUCAUUGAUGUUAGAUAUGGUGAAUGGGCAGAGACAACUAAGUCACAAGAAUGGGUUCCUUUCAGAUGUUGGGCAAAUGGCACAAGAAGAUGUGGCAGACUUAACCACAGCCACCGAAGAACUUCAAGGUGCUUCUGAAGGUGUAAAAGGUACCCUUGACCAAUCUCUGGCUCCGUUUUCCUCUAUGCAAUCAUGGGAUUCGGAGCAUGUCCAAAUGAGGGAUGUUGCCUUGCCCACUGAUGGAGCACUAGCCUUUGAUAGAUCGAUAGGAAACAUAGAAGGUUUUUCGACAGCCAAAAUCAGUGCUUGUAGUGUCUGUGAUUCAUAUAAAAAAAAUGUCAGGGACAUCGGUAUUGCCAGCAAUCAAGUCACAGUAGUUGAUGAAUCAGAAGAGUAUCUGAAUGGUUGUUCCAUCACCAACGUCUUUGAAGUGGACCCAGACCCAAUAGUAGAGAGAGCUCAUUUAGAACUAGAAGGAGGUCUUGGCUCUAUGGAGUUUAGCCAGGGGAAAGAGCCUAGUAGCUCUGAGCUUAUUAGCUAUAAUGAUGGUCCAUAUUUGGAGGGGAAAGAACCUGAGCUUUUCGAUGAGAAACUGGAUCCACUUUCAGAACCAAAUGUGGAUCAGCUUCAUGAGAAUCCAUCCUCAUUGACUUUGCAAACUGAAGAUAUCUUUGAAUCGAAAGGUUUCAUGCACUCAGAAGAUCUCUUGCAAGACCAAACUUCACAGGCUAAGACAGAGACAGUUGAACUGCAUGAAUUCAUUGAUGAUGUUAUUCACGAUAUGGAAGAAAUUCUACUUGAUUCUGCCGAGUCUCCUGGAUCCAAGUUUCCAGUUCUCACUCAAGAUAAGAAGACUUCUACACCGCAGUUGACUCUACCCUCAAGAGAUGGUGGGUCGACUGCUUCAACCUCUGGCAAUGAUGAUAUUGACACAUUUAAGCACAAGGUGAUGAGAAUUGAUGGGGCAGAAGUGAUUGGGGCAAGGCAGAAGAAGGGGGAUGUCUCACUUAGUGAAAGACUGGUUGGUGUGAAGGAAUAUACUGUGUACCGAAUAAAGGUGUGGAGCGGCCAGGAUUAUUGGGAAGUUGAAAGGCGAUACCGUGAGUUUUUAACCCUCUACCGCCGGUUGAAAGAUAUAUUUGCUGACCAAGGCUGGAUUCUUCCCUCUUGCUGGUCCUCAAUAGACAAGGAAACCAGCAAUUUCUUUGGAAGUUCCUCACCUGAUGUUGUUGCAGAGAGAAGUGGAAUAAUUCAAGAGUGUCUAUGCUCUAUUCUCCACCCCAGAUUUUUCUCUGGCUGCCAUAAGGCACUCACAUGGUUUUUGUCUCCUUUAGAUUCACAUCCGGGAUCUCCUGAAUCAAAUAGACUGGUUCAUCAGUCUUCAUUUGAUUCUAGAGGGACAAAUGCAGAAAUCACAUCUCCUUUAGGGAAGACAAUUUCACUCAUUCUUGAAAUUCGUCCACACAAAUCAAUAAAACAGAUGCUAGAAGCUCAGCAUUAUUACUGUGCCGGAUGCUACAAACAUUUUGAUGACAGCAAGAAUCUAAUGACAGACUUUGUGCAGUCAUUAGGCUGGGGUAAGCCUCGACGAUGUGAAUACACGGGUCAGUUGUACUGUUCUUCCUGCCAUACAAAUGAGGCUGCAGUCUUACCUGCAAGAGUGUUGCACAAUUGGGAUUUUGCAGAGUAUCCAGUUUGUCAAUUGGCCAAGUCAUAUCUGGACUCCAUUAAUGACCAACCCAUGCUUUGUGUCAGUGCGGUAAAUCCUUUUCUCUUCUCAAAGGUUCCAGCCCUUCUCCAUGUCAUGGGUCUUAGGAAAAAGAUAGGAUCUAUGCUGCCUUGUGUUCACUGCCCAUUUCGGAGGUCCAUCAAUAGAGGACUUGGGUCUCGCAGAUAUCUUCUCGAGAGCAAUGAUUUUUUUGCCCUAAGAGAUCUGAUCGAUCUUUCUAAAGGGGCAUUUGCAGCUCUCCCGGUGAUGCUGGAAACUGUCUCAAGGAAGAUCCUGGACCAUAUUACAGAGCAGUGCCUCAUAUGUUGUGAUGUGGGACUCCCGUGUGGUGCCAGACAAGCCUGCAAUGAUCCUUCCUCACUCAUUUUUCCUUUCCAGGAAGACGAGGUUGAAAAGUGUAAAUCUUGUGAACAAUUGUACCACAAGCAAUGCUUCAAAAAGCUUGGGACAUGCCCAUGUCGGUCACAACUGGAGGUGUACGAGUCUCUAGAAUCCUUUAAGACGGGAAGUGACAUUGCUAGCAAUGAGAUGAAUGGAGCUCUAGUUUUGCCAAGAAGUAGAUCAGGUUCUGUAUAUACUUCUGGACUACUUUCUGGACUUUUCUCUAAGGCCAAUUCUGGUAAGUCGAAAGACCAUAAAGGAGGAGGCAAUGUUAUUCUAAUGGGUUCUCUACCGAGCACUUCUCUGUAAUUCCUGUAAUUAUUUUGCAACCAAACAGGAUAUAUUUUUUUGCCUUUUAUACUUGAUGGACUUAAAAUCUUGUUCUGCUGCUCUUGGUAUGAAUUGAAUAAUUGGAGCAGGGGAAACGAUAGGUUGGGGAAUUUGAGAUUUGUUUGUUUGUUUGUUUUUUUUUGGGAUUGUAGUUGUAACACAAACCGACAAUCAUUAGCUGUGUAAUUACCAAUGUAUCAAUUGUAUUGAUAGAUACAUUCUCAUUUUUGCAA